AUGACUUCAGAGCAAGCAACAUCUCCUCAAAGCUUGCGGAAGGCGCUCCGAGAUCGAUACGAGGCCCGAAGCCGAAAAUCAUGCCUUCCAUGCAGGGAGCGAAAAGUGCGUUGCAACCGUCAACAGCCAUGUGUGACUUGCAUCAAACGUGGACACGCGGAUCUUUGCUCCUAUCCACGGUCCCACCAGCCGAGAGAUUCUCGAGAAGGCAACAAUCCCGAGGACAACGUAAUCCACAACAUUGAGAGCUCGCCUUCCAGCCCAACGGUCAGACAAAAGUCACAAGAGCAGAGUGACAGAGAUGCGUCGCCCGCGAGGCCGUCAUUCCUAGGAUCUGGCUCUAUCCUUACACUUGCCGGGCAAAACGAGGUGUCUCACGGUCAACGAAGUGGUAGACAAGAAGCCUUUGAAACUGGGAUAUUCCCUCUUUUCGGUAUUGAGUCACAGAUAACAGAAGACGGCCAUAUUCCUUCAAAUGAUGGUGUCAAACUGGCUUUCUCUUCUAUCCCCCCUGAUCAGGAGAUCAUGGAGCUUUUUAAUCAUUUUAAAUCCCGCUUCUACCCCUUUCAGCCGGUCUUCUAUGACGUUGACUAUAUUGAAUCCGUCGUUUCAUCCCUUAUCGGGGGAGCAGGUCAAGCACUGAAAGUGACCAAACACUUUCUCUGCCUUUUCCAUGCUAUAUUAGCGGCAGGAGCCCAGUUCUCGGACAGGCCUGUUGAACAGAGAUCAAAACUCUUCCAUAAGCACUUGCGACACGCUUUAAAUCAUCUCGGAACGUUUGAAGUAGUUUUGAAUCCGACAAUAGAAAUUAUUCAAGGCUUGAUAGUAAUAUCGCAAAUCCUGCAGAACGAUGUGAACCCGCGGGGGGCCUGGAUCCUCAGCGGCAUAACCAUCAGAUCUGCGAUAUGUCUUGGAGUUCACAAGGAGGGACCGAGGUUGGAAAGCUCUCAGCUUUCCCCUAGAGAUGCUGCAAACCUACGGAUGGCCAUCGUUUGGCAGGACACCCUCUUAUCCAUGGCAUUUGGUCGAACUCCAUCAUCCCAUGAGAUGUAUCAUGAAACGGACCUGCCGCCACUGGGUCAGAAUGGCUCUGCGUCCGCUGGACUGACCUAUAGACAGGCGAUGAACUGGAUUUGUCAUGCGUCAAUGAAAUACUUCGUUGUGCCAGCUUCUCCGCCUGAAUCGGCAGUCUAUAAUGACAUUUUUCGCACAAUCGCUGAAAUCCAAGCAUCGUGUGCAAAACAUAUACGCGAAAGAAGCGAGUGUCGGUCUUUACUCGAGGUACAAGAGCAUUACAGUUUCAUACUGCACAGAAAUUUUGGAAUUUCAUUCCUUUGCAGGCCAAUUCUCUCUAAGCAAGGAAGACAAAAAAUGAACCCACAAGACGCCUCGGACAUUCUUUCUCGAGUUUUGGACGCGUUGAAACAAAGCGCCACGGCUUUUAUAUCCCUACGAUCCAUUUCCAACUACGCUACUCGGUCUUGGGCAUUUCUUCACAAUGGUCUCUGCUCUGCCCUGAUGCUGGGGUUCAUUGAGCAAACAAAGGGCCUGGAAGAAACCAAGGAUAUCCAGACCCAGCUUAUAGCAAGCUUGGAAGCGAGCCAGGAGCUAAAAGGAGGAUCACUUUCGAAUGCUUAUCAAAAAGCCCUGUGCGCCCUUAAAGCCCAGCGUAAGCUAGCAGAAGAGUCGAAUUUGACAAGAACUACAGAGCUCGGCCAAGCUGCCCCUGAAGCAAUCACUGCACCAUCCCCUUCAAUUGAGAACCCCCAAUUUCAGCAAAACCUGUUGGAUCCUGCAGACUUGAGCUCAUUUGAUAUGGACGAAUGGGUGCGCUCCGUGGAUUUUGGCUCUUACUCGCCACUGGAAGCAUACGAUUUCAUUAUGUCGGACCAAUUUGCACCUGGCUCUCUUUUUUAG